CCCCUCAGCGCCGCGCCGCGGUAAUGGCCUGCCCUAGGCCUCUCUGGCCCUCUGGAGGACUUGCAGUCUGUGUCCGGCGGCGCCGGGCGGCGGUGGGCGGGUCUGACGUGUGGCGUGAAGAGACAAGCGAGUGGGCUGCCGGAUCGGGUCUGUUUUAGGCUCGAGUGUUUUGGCGAUGGGGCUGCGGGAGAUGUGGAGACUCAUGUCGAGGUUUAAUUCAUCCAAAAGGACUAAUAUCAUACUGCAGCAUUUGCGAAUGUCUAAGCACACAGAUGCAGCAGCAGAAGUCCUAUUGGAAAGAAAAGGUUGUGCAGGAGUGAUAACACUAAACAGACCAAAGUUCCUAAAUGCACUGAAUCUUAGUAUGAUUCGGCAGAUUUAUCCACAGCUAAAGAAGUGGGAACAAGAUCCGGAAACUUUCCUGAUCAUCAUAAAGGGAGCUGGUGGAAAGGCUUUCUGUGCUGGAGGUGAUAUCAGAGUGAUCUCAGAAGCUAGAAAGGCAAAUCUGAAGAUAGCUCAAGAUUUCUUCAGAGAAGAAUAUAUGCUGAACAAUGCUAUUGAUUCUUGCCAGAAACCAUAUAUUGCACUUAUUCAUGGAAUUACAAUGGGUGGGGGAGUUGGUCUCUCAGUUCAUGGGCAAUUCCGAGUGGCUACUGAAAAGUCUCUUUUUGCAAUGCCAGAAACAGCAAUAGGACUAUUCCCUGAUGUGGGUGGAGGUUAUUUCUUGCCACGACUUCAAGGAAAACUUGGGUGCUUCCUUGCAUUAACAGGAUUCAGGCUGAAAGGAAGAGAUGUGUAUGCAGCAGGAAUUGCUACACACUUUGUAGAUUCUGAAAAGUUGGGCAUGUUAGAAGAAGAUUUGUUAGCCCUGAAAUCUCCUUCAGAAGAAAAUAUUGCAGAUGUCUUAGAAACUUACCAUGCUAAGUCCAAGAUUGAUCAAGACAAGUCUUUUAUACUUGAGGAACACAUGGACAAAAUAAACAGUUGGUUCUCAGCCAAUACGGUGGAACAGAUUAUUGAAAAUUUACAGCGAGAUGGUUCAUCUUUUGCCCUAGAGCAGUUGAAGGUAAUUAAUAAAAUGUCUCCAACAUCCCUAAAGAUCACACUAAGGCAACUCAUGGAGGGGUCUUCCAAGACCUUGCAGGAAGUAUUAACUAUGGAAUACCGGCUGAGUCAAGCUUGUAUGGGAGGCCAUGACUUCCAUGAAGGUGUUAGGGCAGUUUUAAUAGAUAAAGACCAGAGUCCGAAGUGGAAACCAGCUGAUCUAAAAGAAGUUACUGAUGAAGCUUUGAAUAAUCACUUCAAAUCUCUGGGAAGUAAUGAUUUGAAAUUUUGAAGAGACUGGAUUUUUAAAGUGUUAUUUUGGAGCAGAGUUGGCAAACUAUGGCACAUGGGCCAAAGCCAACCUGCUGUCUUUUUUUUUUUUUUUUCAUAUAUCCCUCAGCUAAGAAUGGUUUCUGCAUUUUUAAAUGGUUGGAGAGAGAAAUCAAAGACCAAUAUUGCAUGGCAUGUGAAAAUUACAUGAAAUUCAAAUAUCAUUGUCCAUAAAUAAAACUUUAUUGGAACAUG